UCGCCCUCUGGCGACGAAAAACGGCGGCGCGUGAUUUUUCCCUCCGUGCCACAGAAAUCUGCUUUCGUUUCCCGGGAAAUGGCCACUUUCAAUCUUUUUAAUUCGAUUAAAACCCAAAAUACUAAAUUAUGUCCUCUGUACAGAAUUUGGAAGAGAAAAUUAUCGGGAGAACCGAUUAAUAAAAUUUUAAUAGCCAAUCGAGGAGAGAUUGCAUGCAGAGUAAUGAGGACCACCAGAAAACUCGGAAUACAAACGGUUGCAGUUUAUAGCGAUGCAGACAAUAAUUCUAUGCAUAUGACAAUGGCGGACGAAGCCUAUCUCAUUGGUCCUGCACCUUCUCACUCAAGUUACUUAAACAAAGAAAAGAUAUUAUCCAUUGCCAAAGGAUCGAAUGCUCAGGCGAUCCAUCCUGGUUAUGGAUUUUUGUCGGAAAAUGCCGAAUUUGCAGAAUUGUGUAAACGUUCCGGAAUAAUUUUUAUUGGGCCUCCACCUUCGGCCAUUCGUGAUAUGGGGAUUAAAAGCAAAUCAAAAAAUAUCAUGAUCGACGCAGGUGUUCCUGUAAUUAAAGGUUAUCACGGUGAAGAUCAGUCCAACGAAAGAUUAAAGGAAGAAGCGAAUAAAAUUGGAUUUCCCAUCAUGAUUAAAGCUAUUAGAGGUGGAGGAGGCAAGGGAAUGAGAAUAGUUACAGACAUGAAAGAAUUUGAUUCUCAACUGGAAUCUGCAAAAAGAGAAGCAGUGAAAUCUUUUGGUGAUGAUGCCGUAUUGUUAGAAAAGUUUAUUAAAAGUCCAAGACAUGUUGAAGUUCAGAUUUUUGGAGAUCAACAUGGAAAUUAUGUUUACCUUUUCGAAAGAGAUUGCAGCGUUCAGAGGAGACAUCAAAAAAUAAUUGAAGAAGCACCUGCUCCAGGAAUAACUGAAGAAGUAAGGCAGAGACUUGGAAAAACAGCUGUUGAAGCUGCAAAAGCUGUCAACUAUGUAGGAGCAGGCACUGUUGAAUUUAUAAUGGAUGAAAAUCAAGAUUUUUAUUUUAUGGAAAUGAAUACAAGAUUGCAAGUGGAACAUCCAGUAACUGAAAUGAUAACCGGUACCGAUCUCGUCGAAUGGCAGAUCAGGGUUGCUGCAGGUGAUAAACUUCCUAUGGAGCAAAAAGAUAUAAAUCUAAGAGGUCAUUCGUUUGAAACUAGAAUUUAUGCCGAAGACCCUCGAGAUAACUUCAUGCCAGGCGCGGGACUUUUGGAAUAUAUGACUGUUCCGUCUCCUUCGGAAGAUGUUCGAAUUGAAACGGGAGUGAGACAAGGUGACGAAGUUUCAAUUCAUUAUGAUCCCAUGAUUGCAAAAUUGGUCGUCUGGGGUCCAGACAGGCUUUCAGCACUUCGGAAGCUUCGUCAUUCUCUGUCAGACUACAACAUUGCAGGUUUGAAGAACAACAUUCAGUUUCUGAUGGAUCUUUCGAGUCACCCAGAAUUUGUGGCAGGAAAUGUGCACACGAAUUUUAUUUCACAGCAUUAUGAUCAGUUGUUUCCGCAGAAAAUCAUUCCGGAUAACCUUCUCUGUAUGGCAGCUUUAGGAAUUGUUUUAAAUAAGAAAUAUUUACCAGUAGUAGAGGAUCCUUUUUCAUUUCAAGAUGGAAAGAAAGUAAAUUCGUUUUCGAAACAAAACAUUAAUCUUAAGUACAAAGAUAACAAUUAUUCCGUCGACGUUGUUUAUGUAAAUAACGGAUAUGAGGUAAUCGUAAACGGUAAAAAUUAUAAAGUGACGGGUUUCUGGAAGGAACGAGACGGAAAAACAGAAAUUGUGUGCAGUGUAAAUGACUUUGUCACCACGGCCGGAAUAAACGUCUCCGAAAGCGGAGUUCAUCUUUUUACCAGGAACGGCGUGUUUGAGUUUAAAAUACCAGAACCUAAAUUCGUGAAUUUGGAAAGUGUGGGGAGCAGUUCCGGAGGACCAGUAGCUCCGAUGCCCGGCAUCAUAGAGAAAAUAAUGGUGAAAGAUGGAGAUGCUGUAAAAGAAGGUGAUCCUCUAGUAGUCAUCAUCGCUAUGAAAAUGGAGUAUGUUAUUAAGUCACCACAUUCUGGAAAAGUAGUUAAAGUGUUACAUAAAGUAGGUGAUAAUGUUUCUAAAAAUGCCCUUCUGGUUAAAUUAAUGGAGAAUACCGAUAACAAAUGAUAUUUGUACAAACAUUAUUGAGAUUUUUAUAAUUAAAAUGUAUUUUAUUUUAUAAAUAAAUCAAUUAGAUUGUUUCAAAAAA